AUGGUUUUGGAAGAUCGGCAACCGGAUGCGGCGUGGAAAAAGAUUCAACAGAAUACUUUUACACGAUGGGUCAAUCAAAAGCUAGAGCCGGUAAAUGUUGAAGUCACUGAUUUGGAAACGGACUUUGAGGAAGGUUUAAAAUUAAUUCGUUUGGUGGAAGUGCUAUCUGGAAGAUCUCUUGGUCGAUACAGUAGAAGGGUCACUUUUCGUCAUCAGAAAUUAGAAAAUAUAUCGCUCGCACUGAAAUUCCUAGAAAAUGAGGAGCACAUUAAAAUUGUUAAUAUCGAUAGUUCGGCAAUAGCAGAUCGCAAUUUAAAACUCAUUUUGGGCCUAGUUUGGACAUUAAUUUUGCAUUAUUCGAUCUCAAAGCAAGUCUGGGAUGAUCAUGCAGGGAAUGCGACUAAAGUUGAAGAUGUAUCACCGAAAGCAAAACUUAUGACUUGGCUCAAAGGAAAAUUACCAACUGGACUUCCUUUUACCAAUUUUACAUCCGAUUGGAAUGAUGGAAUUUUACUUGGCGCUUUGGUUGACUCCUGUGCACCGGGCUUAGGAGUGGACUGGCGUAAUUGGUUGCCAUCGCAAGCUUUACAUUCAACUCGUACAGCAAUGCACCUUGCGAAAGAUUAUCUUAGCGUUGCACCUCUUAUUGCACCAGAAGAAUUGAUCAGUCCAGCUGUUGACGAGAAGAGUGUGAUGACAUAUCUUUCUCAAUUUCCGGGAGCAAAAUACACACCACGACUGGGUCGAUUUCAUAACAUCGAUGUAAUGCCGUCUGUUGGAACUAAAACCCAAUUUACUCUUCAGACGAGUGAUCCAACAUUGAUUCCGGAAAUAAGCAUUAAAGGGCCAACGGGAUUAUUAAUACCAUACUCUCAGUGUCGACUUUCAGAGACCGUUUAUAAUUUCAUUUAUGAACCGGAAAUUUCUGGUGAACAUGAGAUUGUGGCAAUAUUUUGUGACAAAAUAUCGGGUAAUUUCGUUCAGCUAGCAAGUCCUAAAAUAACAGCAGUUGAAGGGGCGCGUUUGCUAUAUGACAAAAAUGUACAGCUUGGCAUGCCAGUUAAAUUCAGUAUAGAAAAUCCAGGGAACGAGCCAAUUGAGGUUUUGGUGGUUCCUCCAUAUGAUAAAGAAUUCGUAGUACCGGCGAUACCUGAUGGCAAUACUUUCAAAGGUCAGUUUAUACCAAAACUGGAAGGUUUAUACGAAUUGAACGUCUUUCAAAAAGGAAGUCAUAUUGCUGGUAGUCCAUUUCCACUCACAGUAAUUUCACAAGCACAAAUUAAUAUUUGGGGUAGAGGUCUUGAACCAAAUGGUAUUCAAAGUGGUGAAGAAGUAAUCGUUUAUGUUAAUUACAGCGGUAAUUUGUUGGGACCACUACGUAUGCGAGUUUGUGGGCAAUCUGGGAACGAAGUACCUGUGAGUGAGACGGUGGAUGGCAAUUUGCAUUUGAAAAUUUUUAAAUAUCGGCCAUAUGAAGUUGGGAAUCAUGAUGUUAGCAUAUUAUUGGGUGAAAAACACAUCGGUAAAAGCCCGUAUAAGGUAAUGAUAUCACCAGUAAGCAGUUCAAAAGUACGCGCAUUUGGACCAGGAUUGGAGAGUGGUGUUGCAAAUUUACCGAGUGUCUUUCUUAUUGAAACAAAUGGUGGUCGUUGUGAACAGAUUGACAUUGCUGUUACUGGAAGGACAUUAUCAUUGGGAAGUGGUCCCGAAAAACCGGAUAUAGAAUUAGUAGACAAUAAGGAUGGAUCAGCUGUUGCUCGAUUUACUCCUACUGCACCCGGAAUUUACACGGUGAAGGUAUGUUAUGGUGGUGAGCAUGUCAAAGGUUCGCCAUUCAUCGUACAAGUACAACCAGCUAACAGUAAUCUAAAAGUUACCGACAUGCGAUUAUCCGGUAUCACACCGGAUUUCGCUACUCUAAAAAGCGUAAUAACAUUCUGGAUCGAAAUGCCCGAUGCAAGAGUGCGUCUUAAACCAUUAGUAAGAGCACUGAAUGAGAAGUACGAAGAAGUACCAAUACAAGUAAUGGAAACUAAAUCUGGACAGUAUCAAUGUCGUUUUGUUCCAAAUGAGCUGGGUCGAUACUAUUUCCUUUUAUCAGUUGGCGGUGUUGCAAUUCCAGGAUCACCAUUUGUGGUGACAGUUCGAAAAAUGAUUGAUGUAAGUAAAAUUCGAAUUUAUGGUGCUGGCAUUGGACCGGAUAUUCAUUCCAAUCAAUUAGUCAGCUUUAUCAUUGAUCCGCAAAAUGUUGGUAAUGUCAAAAAAAUCCAUUCACAAUUACAACAUCAAAAUGGGACGUCGAUAAAUGUUGCAUUGACCGAUAAUGGAAAUAAAACACUUACAGCGAGUUAUGUUGCUCCUGAAGCCGGUUUGUAUGAGCUAACAUUAUAUUAUGACGAUAUGGAAUUAAUGAAAAUGAAUAUUAAUGUUAAACCAGUUGAUAUUUCAUCGAUUGUAAUAAAUGGCCUGGAUAAUAAUGAGAUUGUUACUAUUGGACAUCGAGAGGAUAUUGUUAUUAAUACAGGUGAUUUGAUACCAAUAAAGAAUGGUCUUGAAGUUAUUGUAGAAGAAGCCAAUGGUUCAAAAUAUAUGAUUCCUUUUGAGUGUGGCCGUAAUUUAAGCAUUUUCAAAGGCUUUUGGAUAGCUAAAAAUGCUGGCGAAACAAAAUUUGCUGUUUUCUUCGAUGAAAUUUUGGUUUACGAAUCGCAGAUCAUCGUUCGACGAAACCAAGACGCAGCGAUGUGCCGAGUUAGUGGUGAUGGACUUAAACGUGCAAUAGUUGGUAAGCUGGCAAAAUUCCAGGUGGAUAUGAAGGAUGCUGGAGGAGGUAGGAUGAAAAUGGCUAUCAAAGGACCAUCGGAAUCGAAAACAAACAUCAUUGAUCAUUCCGAUGGUUUAUGCACGGUGGAAUAUAUUGCACAAACUCCUGGUCUAUACGAAAUUAGUAUUUAUUUUGGUGACCAUGAAGAAGAAAUUCCCGGUUCACCAUUUACGGUAUUGGUUGAUUAUGAAUAUGAUCCGUCGAAAAUCCUGAUAAACGGGUAUAAGAAUGGUCAUGUACGUGCCGGUGUAUCUACGUCAUUCUUGAUUGAUGCCACACGUACCGCUCUGGAACCUAUCAAUGCACGACUUCCUAUUGUUUUCCAACAACCAUUCAUUGAAGAAAUCAAACCUCGAAUAUAUCGAGUAACGUUCGUACCGAGAGCCAAACCAGGUGAAGUAUUGCCGUUGGAAAUUCUGUACGGUGGUCAACUUCUUCAUGGAAGGCCAUUGGAUUUUACUGUUGAACAAGAAUCGGAAUUGGUAGUGCUGAAAAAUCAUUCCGGUAUUCUGCCAUAUAAAGUACAAGCAUCUCUUCGAUGUGGUGUCUUCAUUGAUGCAACCAGAGCUGGGAAAAUUGACAAAGUAAAGGCUGAAAUAAAAGGUCCGGAUGAUAAGUUUCGAAAGUCAUCGCUUACCGAAACAACCGAUAAAGGGAUAUACUUAUUAGAAUUUGUUCCGGAUAUGGCUGGUGCAUAUGUUGUUAACAUAUGUAGUAAUGGAAAACCGUUACAUUCUAAGCCGUAUGAGCUCAUUGCUGUUCCAGUUGGUUCCGCAAACAAAUGCUAUUUGGAAUUAAAACCAGUUGACAAAUUUUGGACUAUUGGAGAGCCAAAAACAUUCAAAGUAAAUACGAAUCGUGGAGGAGAAGGUGCAUUGAAUAUUAUCUCAGAUAGAGAUGAUUUAGAAAUAAGCGUUGAGGAACAAAAUGAUGGCUAUUAUUUGGUAACAUUUACCCCGCAUCGUGAAGGACAGCAUCAAAUUAUAUUGAUGUAUGGCGGUGUUGAUAUACCUAAUGGAAUAUUCAAUUUUGAGUGCAGACCGGCUGUUGUGGGUGAACCUCAAGUAGCAUUAUUAAAACGAGAAGCAGAUUCGGAGGAGUGCUUUUAUAGCGUUGAGGAAUAUUUCGUGCCACGCACUUUUCGUUUCCCAAUACCUUCUAACUAUCAUUUUGAUAAGCUAAGUGUGUCAGUGAGAAUGCCAUCUGGCAAAAAGGAUACUGCACAUAUUAAGGAUAACGCUGACGGGAGUGUGACAGUGACGUAUCGACCGAAACAGUGUGGCAAUCAUCUUCUAUCAGUGCAGCAUGAUGGAGUUAACAUGUCCGGAAGUCCAAUCUCAUUUUACGUUAGCAAUGCGGCUGAUGGAUAUGUAACAGUAUAUGGUGCCGGUUUAACUCAAGCAGUAGUUGGUGAACCGGCAGCAUUCACAGUUUGUGCCAAAGGUUCACCGGCUAAAGAACUGGCAGUUGCGGUUGAAGGAGCUGCAAAGACAACAAUCAAAUGUCAUGAUAAUAAGGAUGGUACAUGUUCUGUAGCGUGGGUACCACCCGUUCCAGGUGAAUAUAAAAUACAUGUCAAGCUUUCCGGGAAACCGGUAAAAGGCUCACCGUUUGUUGUCAUUGUGGCUGGUGAAGGUCAGAAACGUGCUCAUUUAUCGGUUGGAUCAACAUCAGAGGUAUCAUUGAAUGUUGAGAAUACGGAAGUCAAAGGAUUGUCAGCUUCAAUAAAAAGUCCAAGUGGUAUUGAAGAGCCAUGUUUCAUCCGUCAUAUUGAUUCUGCUAGCAUUGGUGUUUCAUUCACUCCACGUGAACAGGGUGAACAUUUGGUCACUGUUAAAAAAAAUGGUCAAAUCAUACCAAAAUCACCUUUUCGAGUUAAAGUUGAUAAAAGUCAAGUUGGAAAUGCAUCGAAGGUUACUGUUAGUGGUAAAGGAAAAGCGAGCGCUAUUUGUCAACAAUUCAACGAUCUGUCGGUGGAUACGCGUAAUGCAGGUUAUGGCGGUCUGUCCGUAUCUGUUGAGGGACCAUCGAAAGCUGAACUAAAAUGUACUGAAGCAAAGGAAGGCUUGAUUAAUAUCGCCUACAAACCAACGGAACCGGGAAUUUAUAUUUUAUCCAUAAAAUUUGCAGAUGCACAUGUAAAAGAUAGUCCAUUCACCGUUAAUUGUACUGGUAAAGGAUUAGGGUCUGUGAAAAGAACUGCCACGAAGGAGGUGAAUCAGGCGCCACUGGCACUGCCCAAGCAAGAUGCGUCUAUAUAUCUGCAAUUGGAGAAUACAUCUCCAAUGGAAACAACAGCAAAAGUUAUGGACCCUAACGGAAAAAGCUACGAUAUUGAAGUGCGUGAUAUUGGUAACAGCCUUUAUCAGAUUAGCUUCAAGCCCGAAAUGGAUGGUGCUCAUGCAAUUUCUGUUUUCAACAAAGGACAACAUGUUUUAGGAAGUCCGUUCCAGUUUACUGUUGGGCAUUUCACAGAAGUAGGAGCGCAUAAAGUGCGUGCAGCAGGAGUUGGAAUACAACGAGGAGAAACAAACAUGAAGCAAUCGUUUAAUGUUUACACCAGAGAAGCUGGACAAGGAAAGCUUGAUGUGACCGUAGAAGGACCAUCGGAAGCGGAACUGCAAUUUCAUGAUCAUAAGGAUGGAAAUUGCCAUUUCAAUUACAAAGUAAGCAAACCUGGAGAAUAUCUGAUAGGUAUCAAAUUUAACGGUGUACAUAUAACGGAUUCGCCAUUUAAAGUAUUCGUGGCUCCCGCAACAGGGGAAGCUCGUCGGCUUGAAUUAGCAUCAUUCCCAGAUUCUGGAUCGCCGGGUAAGGCAUGCACUUUCACGGUACUUACGCAUCGUGCACCAGGUCACCUUGAAGCAAAAGUUCACACACCAAGUAAUAAGAUUGAAACAAUUGAUAUUGUUCCAAUUGAUGAAGGCGAAUCGUAUGCCUUACGAUUCAUUCCUACAGAGACAGGAAACUAUUAUGUUGAUGUGACGCUUGAUGGCGCACCGAUGCGUGAUUCACCGUUUCGUUUACGUAUUGGCACAAAUGAGGAGAGUGAUCCGGCAGCAAUAACAGUAAGCGGUAGUGGUAUACGCGGCGGUCAAACUGGCCAGAAAUGUGAAUUUAUUAUCAAUACUUGUAAUGCAGGGACUGGACUUCUGCAGGUUCAAAUUGAUGGACCAUCGAAGGUCACUUUGGACGCAUAUGAGUUGGACAUGGGUUAUAAGGUGCGAUAUAUGGCAUUAGCGCCUGGAACAUAUUUUGUGGAUAUCAAAUAUGCUGGUGUUCAUAUUCCUGGCUCACCGUUCAAAAUAAUUCUGACUGGUAAGGAACUGGGUGGUGGUGGUGAGCCAGACAGUUCGCUUAUUAAGAUUGAUGCGCUAGCAAAAACAAGUAAAGGGACGGUUGCACAGGUUCCGGUAUUAAAAGGAGAUGCAAGCAAGGUUACCGUGAAAGGUGGAGGUUUAAAUAAAUUUUUCCCAGGUCGACCAGCUGCUUUCAACAUCGAUACUGGUCUUGCAGGUGAAAAUCUUCUUUUCGUUGGUGUACUUACAUCAAAAGGACCAUGUGAAGAGGUUACAGUACGACAUUUGGGCGGUGGCCGAUAUGCGGUUACCUAUCGUAUUCAAGAAAGGGUCAAAGGGUUUAUCUUCGUCAAAUAUGGCGAGACCAAUAUACCAGGAUCACCAUUUUCUGUUUCAUUCUAA